GACUCCAAACGAACAAUGAACAGUCCUGGUGUCAUUCCUGCAGGCGUGUCAUACAGCAGGCAAUACGAGACAACCACAACGAAUGACGAAAGCCUGGCCUGGCGCGGCGUCCUCUUCCUCAUCAUGAUCGUUCCGGAGCUGUUGACGCUUUGGAGAAGCAGUUCGAGAUGCAUCUUCAGUAACUACCGCACUCCAGACAAAAUCACCUUCUUCACUGUGUUCGCCAUGGAAACCCUCCAGACAAUAGGUGUGUCCCUACUCGUCUUCGUGGUCCUGCCUGACCUGGAUGUGCUCAAGGGCGGGAUGCUGGCCAGCUGCGUCUGCUUUGUACCGGCCUUCCUGAGCAUGUUGUCCCACCGCAAGGACGAAGACAGGCGCAUCCUCAGGAUAAUCAUGGACGUCCUCUCUCUGGUGGCACAGGUCACAAGUUUUUUCUUUUGGCCCUGGGUCGUCGGUGGCCCAAGAGCAUGGGCCAUCCCAGUCGCAGUCUUCUUCGCCUCCUUUCGAUGGUGGCCCAACUACGUUGACCGAAGGUCACCCCUAACGUUCAUCGCCAGGCUAGGCGAGAUGAAGGACAACCUGCGAGACAGCCGAUACUUCACCUAUAUCUUCAUCUCCCUCUGGAAGAUCCUGCUCAUCUUCGGAUGCAUGCUCGGUUUCACGAUGCUAGUCGUCGACGACGUAUCCACAGCGUUUUGCAACUUCGUGGGUGUUUUCCGGAGACGAGGGAUUGAGUUCAUCCUGCUCCCCAAGAAACAUCAGGAUGACCUAACUAUUUCAAUGAGCCAAUGGAUACCCUUGCGAGUGGCGGCCAUCCAGGUUAUUUCCAGUCUUCUGUGCUACGCCUCGGCCAAGUUCGCCUGCAAGAUCCGCAUCCAGAGAUUCAGCUUCGCAUUCCCGAUCUUUUUGAGCGUCCCGGUUACUCUCUUCCUCUUCUAUGCCGGUUGCGAGUUUCAGACUGGAAGCGUGUGCUUCUUAGAUAACUACCUUCCCAAAUACCUCUAUUGGAGGUGCCCCGAAGAUAGCUUCUUCCAGUUCAUCAAGGUGCAACACGGGUGGCUGUGGUUCGCAUGGUUCCUGUCACAAACGUGGAUUGCUGCUCACGUCUGGAUGCCGAAGUCUGCAAGGCUUGCUUCGACCGAAAGGCUCUUCGUGAAUCCGUUGUACUGCUCAGCACUCAUCGAUCAGUCCUUGGCCAUGAACCGGAGAAAAGACGACGAAGACAUCAGAGGCGACGCGGAGUCUCCGCACAUACAGAGGCAUCUGGACCACACCGUUCGCAUCUACGCCUGCGUCACCAUGUGGCACGAAACAGCAGAUGAGAUGAAGAAGGCACUCAAGUCUGUUUUCAGAAUGGAUGAUGACCAGUGCGCCCGGAGAAACGCCCGGGAAUAUCUCAAGAGAGUGGACCCAGACUACUACGAGUUCGAAGCACAUGUUAUCUUCGACGACGCCUUCGAGGAGAGCGACGACAACGGUGAAGAGAUGGUCGUCAACCGUUUCGUGAAGCAGUUGGUUGAAGUAGUUGAUCUUGCUGCCAGCGAUGUGCACCAGUACGAACGGCACCUAAGGCCUCCCCAAAAAAUUGCGACUCCGUACGGCGGUCGGCUCGUAUGGCGGAUGCCCGGCAAGAAUAAACUCGUCGUCCACCUCAAGGACAGGAGCAAGAUCAGGAACAGGAAGCGCUGGUCCCAGGUCAUGUACAUGUAUUACCUGCUAGGACACAAGCUGAUGGAAUCGCCCAUUGACGUCGAACGCAAGAAACUUAUGUCCGAGAACACCUUCAUCCUGGCCCUGGACGGAGACAUCAACUUCAGGCCGCACGCUGUUCGGCUUCUGGUCGAUUUUAUGAAGAAGAAUAAGAAUCUCGGUGCCGCUUGCGGCCGUACUCAUCCCGUGGGAUCAGGCCCGAUGGUCUGGUUCCAGAAGUUCGAGUACGCCAUGGGCCAUUGGCUGCAGAAGGCCACGGAACACAUGAUCGGCUGCGUGCUGUGUAGUCCCGGCUGCUUCUCACUCUUCCGGGCCAAGGCGCUUAUGGACGACAACGUCAUCGGAAAAUACAAAACACGGUCGGACGUAGCCCGGCACAUUGUCCAGUGCGACCAAGGAGAGGACCGCUGGCUCUGCACCCUACUGCUGCAGCGAGGCUACCGCGUUGCGUACUGCGCCGCGUCGGACGCCUACACCCACUGUCCGGAAGGAUACGGAGAGUUCUUUACACAGCGUCGCCGCUGGGCUCCGUCCACCCUGGCCAACCUCUUGGACCUACUGGAAAACUACAAGCACAUCGUGGCCAUCAACGACAACAUCUCGUUUGGCUACAUCGUGUACCAGGCCAUGUUGAUGAUAGGCAACAUCCUGGGGCCUGGUACCAUCUUCCUCAUCAUGGUCAGUGCCGUGGCGAGUACGUUCAACAUCCCCAACUGGGCUUCCUUGGCCUUGAACACCGUGCCGAUUCUCGCCUUCACGAUCAUCUGCUUCACGACCAAGAACAGCAUCCAGGUUACCGUGGCCCAGGUGAUGGGCGCCUGCUACGCGUUGCUAGUGAUGGUGGCGCUGGGGGCGACGAUCAUCCAGAUAGCAGAAGACGGCGUCGGUUCGCCGUCGGCCAUCUUCCUCAUUUCGCUGUCUGGCAGCUUCUUCGUGGCGGCCCUGAUGCACCCGCGGGAGUUCGUGUGCGUCUUCCCGGGUGUCCUCUACUUCCUCGGCGUUCCCUCCGUGUACCUGUUCCUCUUCGUCUACUCGAUCGUCAAUCUCAACGUCGCCUCGUGGGGCACGCGCGAAACCCAGACAAAGUCAAAGACAGAGCUAAGAAAAGAGCGCGUGGAAAGGGAUGAACUGUCCACGGGGAAGAGUCAACGUGGACAUCGGGGGUUCCCGGACCUCGGCAGGGGCGAAGACCGAAACGUGACCCACAGGAGAGAGAUCCACCUGUCGACGAUCAGUGGCCAGCUCGACCAAAUCAACAGGAGGAUGAGCUGUAUGGAAACGCAGUUAGAGUCCGUGCUCCAAAGUGGCACAUCGGAACAAUCAGCGCGAGGCUCUUCCUUCCCCAACGAGCGCGUGAAUGAAGGGAGCAGCGGAUCUAACUUCGACACUUGCAGCACACUCAAUGAAUAUACCGAGCACCACCAACAGCAGGAAGACCUUAGAAACCCCUACUGGAUAAAAGACAAAGACUUGGGGCGAGGGUUUGUUGUGUACCUGUCAUCCUCCGAGAAGAGAUUCUGGGAGGACUUGAUCAAGAAAUACCUAUCCCCCAUCGACGAGAACGCAGACGACCAGGCCAGAAUCGCGCACAGCCUCAAGGAACUCCGAAACCGAGUUGUCUUCGUGUUUUUCAUGUUGAACGCCCUCUUCGUGCUGCUCGUAUUCGCGAUCCAGGUCAGCAGGGCUCACGUCUGCGUCCCUUGGCCGCUGGAGGUGAAGACCAAAAUCACGCUCAUCAACGACCAGAUCAUCAUCACCACGAAGUCCCUCCGGCUGGAACCCAUCGGCCUGAUCAUUGCCGCCUUCUUCGCGUUCGUCAUGGUCAUCCAGUUCGUGGGCAUGAUCUGCCACCGAUUCCACACCUUUUCCCACAUCCUGGCCUCCGUCGAGCUGUCCUGCUGCAAGCAGAAGGUUGGAGACCCCAAGGACAACAGCUUCAAUGGUCAGGACGUCAUACAUGUCACAAAGCGGAAGCAGGGGCUCGAUGGCAUCGACGGCGACGACGCCAGCACCACCGAGAGCGAUGAAUCUGGGCGACAGGAGGACAGGAAUACCACACGAAGACUGGAAAGGAGGUGGAAGCGGGGUGCUAAGAUGGGGACCCUGGACGUUGCCUUCGAAAGGCGGUGCAAGAGCUACAGCGCCGAUGGUCUCGGAGGAAUGCAUCCAAUGGCCGUUUUCAACAACUUCAGCGACUCUACCGAGAGACGAGGAGCACCUGAAAUCGCUCGCGAGCUCGGUAACCCCAGGAUGAAGACCCUGGACGCCAGCAACAAACACACAGCAGCGGUAGCCGCGGCCCUUAGUAAUGGCGCGGAAGAUGCCUCAGGUCACCUAGAUGAUAGGUGGCAUUGACCAAGCCUCCCGACCAUGGCAUCGAGGCAAAGGACUCCCAGAAAGUAAAGUGUUCGCACCGUCGGUUGCUACGAGGCCCAUCAACGACGCAGACGAGAGGACCAGGACACGACGGGGACGUCUAGAUAUCUAUAGGGGACAGAUGGUUGAUCCGGCGUCAAAAUCCGCUGGCAUCGGCGGACUGUAAAAGGCCUUGAAGAUUCACAUCGAUGACUUACUAGCAUCGGCAAAUAGCAGUUCUUGAAAAACUAGAAAGACAUGCUAGUUGCUGCGGCGAGCCUCCAUCACUUGACUGCAGACCUGUCCUACAACCAGUGUUGGGCAAAGUACAUGUAAAAAGUGCUUGAAGUAAAGUACAAAGUAAAUGAAAGGUUAUGUAGUUCAGGUAAAGCAGUAAGUA